AUGAUUGCGGUACGGUACGGAGAUGGGGCCACCAUUACCUGAAAACUGAAAAGUAUGAGCUGUAACUUCAAACACAUGAUAAGUGAGCAUGAAAGAACGAUAUAAACAAAAAAAUUCAAAGGCCAGUCCUUUGUGCAAAAAGCAGCGAUCAAACAAAAAACGGUUUCAAUAUUUAUUUGUCACCCUGUACAUCGAAUCCCUAAAGAUCCAAUCGAUCCAAAUGAAACCAACAAUCCUUUCAGCUGAUCCGCGUGUCCGAAGACCAUCCAUCAGGUCCGUUGCUCGUCGGUGGACACGACGCCGUCCACUUCGACAACUCCGACAAGACAAAGCUUCAAGACGCCUUUCACACCCAUGUGGAGCAGUCAGAACGUCCUCGACGAUCGAGAACAGCCAGCACCUCGACACCAACCUUCGCCCGCCCCAGUGACAACGUUAUCGAUCUGGAGUUUACACAGUCGUUGGCUGGGACACGGCGACGGUUCGCCGACCUUCGCAAACGGACGUCGACGACGACGACGACGCGAACGGAGACCGAAACGGAGCGAAGGACUCGUCGCGAUUCUCACGAUCGCCGAGUUCAGAGGCACAGAAGUCUGCCUGAGGUUCACACGCUGUACUACCGGAAGUUUGUCGAGAAGAGCACCGAGGAGCUAGUUCCGCGGAGGAAGACGUCGAUGCCAAGGAGCGAGGAUUUUUCGGACGAUGGCAGCGUUAUCAUCCAUUCGGAAGAAGACAAUUCGAGAAUCGCUUCAACUUCUGAGAGGUGGGUUCUGAGUGGAGUAGGUGUAUUUCUUCAAGCAUUAUCGAAAACAUAGUCGCUUCCCACGUUUUAAAAGAGUUUCCGGCGAAAUUUUGAAAAGUUCUGGUAGAGCAAAGAAGUUGAAGCUUUUUACGGUUAAGAUUUCUCAAAAACCGAACAUGUUUCAGCCGUCCAUCUCCGCGCAAACAAAUCAGCCGCGAAGAAUCGCUUCAUUAUUACCGAGAUGAUGACGAUGAAGAUGACGUCAGACCAAAUGGAGACGUCAGAAAGGAAUACGUCAUCACCUCCAAGCAAGAAAGCACUGAAGAGAUCAUCAAAAAGAAGCGGUUUGUUUCAAAUUUAUUUUUAAGCGUUUCAAAGAGUUUGGGGAUUACUUUUGAUUCGUAGUUUUACCGAAAAAAAUUUUUUUCAUUUCAUUUUGUUGUGGAAAAAAAUUCAAAGUUCAAUUGAACUUUCAAAUGAUAUUUUUUUCAAUUUUUUUAGACCCUUACCCAACUCAAAAAAUAAUUUGGAAACAGUUUUAAAUACCUUUCCGGCAAAAAAAAUUUAAUAAAAUUUUUUUUCCCUAUAGAAAGUCAACAAAGAAAAGUCGAUGUAUGAUUUCUUUUUUGUAAACAUUCAAAAUGACCUUAGUUUUGGAUGAACAGACAAUAAAAAAAAACAACAUUCAUUGACGUUUUUGGUCUCCUCGACACCUAUACUUCGAGAUUUCUGAUGCCGAAUUCCGGUUUCUUUUUCUGUUGGUUGGUGGUAGUGGCAUCGCCGACUUUUGCUUUAUUGAUAGCCCCACAUUUUUCUUUCCCUUUUCGGCAUUGUAACACUGUUCCAGUUGGUUUAGGAGUUAUCCAAGUGUUUAUUUGUUUUGUUUCAUGGAUUGUUCAUAUUUUUGUACUUGCAAGUUCAACCAGAACUUCAGAAAUUCCUCUAUGUCGGCUCAUAUUAUUUUCGAAGUAUUUGAUAAAUUUUCUGUGAGUACCAGUCUACAAAAACCUCUAGUCCUUGUGAUUUGACGCCUCAAAUUUUAUUUUUCUUGCAAGAAUUGAACUCUCCGUUCUCGAAAACUGAACAUCUCUGAAAUUUGAGACUUGAAGAAAAUUAAUUCAGUGCAUCAAGGAUAAUUCCGACCAAUCUUCAAAAUUUUCCUAACAUCUUCUUUUUUCGGUCACUCUAGGUUUACUGAGAUUCAAAACAGAAAUUUCGCCAUUUCUGGACGCAUGACGCUACUUUGAUUCAUUUAUUUGAUUCUUUUCAUUUUAAAAAGUUGAUCAUGAUAAACUGAUAUUUUUUCAGACACGAGCUGAUAGUACCUCUGGAGAUGGAGUCAGGCGUGACGUCAGUCUCUCUGAACGACCUCUCAUCCCAAAAACUCGGAGUGACGAGCAUUUCAAUGAACAACACCGCCACAGACACCUCCAUUGACUCCUCAACAUCUCCAGAAGUGCACAACAUCCGGAUCGACGUCAUCGGCCCCUCGAGAUCUCCGUCAAACUCCUCCAGAAGUCGCUCAACCUCGACGUCGGCCAAUCUCGGAUCAUCUGAGGUCGUGUUCGUCCGAGAUGAGCCACGACGUCGGAGCCGGAGCGCAUCAGGAGGCGUGGCACCGCCAAAGCCGCCACGUCGGACUCGCUGGCAGAUCGUCGACGUCGAAACGACUCCGAGCAACGGGUCACUCCAUGAAGGCCCACUAUUCACCUCGACGCCUAUACCGACGCUGGAACGACGUGGAAUCGAGGAGCAGAGAACAGUUAGAAAGGUCAGCAAGUUAGAUGUGCAUUAGGAAUGGCUAGGUUGCGUUGCGGUCGCGUGGCGCUGAUUCACAAGUCUUAACCGAAAUCAACCCAGAAAAUCGAUCCAUUUUUCAAACGCAUAUGGAAGUUCUGAAAGACUGUAGCCAUAUGGAAUUCGCCCUUUGACUCAAAAAUAUCACAACUUUAUUCUGACUUGAAGAAUCGUGUUAUCCAUUUCUGAUCCGCUAAAUUUCCAUUAAGAGCCAUCACAUCGAGGAAUUUUGGUUCAGUAGAAAAUCUAUGUAAACUUGGAAGGUAAUGGCUAUAGAGAAAACUGUAAAUGAACUCGACACGAAGACUUCACAGAAUCAAGAAGGAAUUUCAAAAAAAGAGAAUAUCACUUCGCGACCGCAACGCAACCUAUCCAUUCUCCUUGCUUAACUGAAGAAACCAGAGUAGCUUAAUGAAACAAUCAAUUGCAGAUCAGUCGGCCGCCUGACAUCAAAAUCGACGAAUGCGACUCUCAAAUCAUCAACAGGUCUAGGUGAGUCGUAACAUAAACAGUCGUUCUUGUUUAUUUCCAGGUAAAUUCCUCCAUUUUGUUGACUUGACAUCAAACCAUCAUUUAGUUCCAGUUCAACCUUGCUAGGCGGAAAUUUUUGGCUGGCUUUCUCUAAAAACCUUAUUCAUGAGGAAAAAAAGUCUUGAAAUCUCAUUUUUUCACUGGACCCAUCUUUUAAAAUGUUCAAGAACUUUGUCUAUUUAAGUUAGAAGAAAUAUUUUUUAGUUGAGUAAAACCGGGAAAAGCGUCGUUUCUUUGCAAUUUUCCUCUGUUUUCACAGCUCUGAAGAUUCAGAUCGCCUACACGAAAGCCAUCGACUCCAAUAAUCGUUGUGAAUCAGUCCCCAUCACGACGAGGCUCUGGAGAUCUACUAAAGGACACGGAAAAACGAAGAAAGUCCACAGUAACUGACAUCGAUUGGUUCGCCGCUUUCAAUAUGAAGGUUUCUUAUUUUCAUUUCUCCUAAAGUCCGAUAUUUUCUAAAUUAUUUGGCGUGAAAUUUUUGAUCUUAAAAGUUUGGACGACUUCAGAAACGUGUGUUUUAUCUGUUAUUUUUUAUUCUAAAAAAUGUUUUGAGAGUUCUCCUUUCUCUGAGAUAGUCUACGUUUCGACCGACCAACAUAAGGAAGCAGACUUCAAAUUUUGUGUUUCGUUCUCCUCCUGACCAGAUUAGAAAAAAGACAUUAUGAAACACUGACAUUGGGAAAAAGUGAGAUUGGUCAAGUGGUUAAAAGUUUUGAUCAUAAUCCUUGAGGUUCCAGGAUCAAUCUCUUCCGAGGCUCAAACGUUUUGGCUCUUUUUUUUAAGAAAAAGUCUCAUUUGAAAACACCUAGAAACGAUUAUUUUUUUAAUGUUUAUUUUUUUUUCCUUCGAGGUGCUUAGUCAUCUUACACGAUAAAAUAAAAGCAGGACAGCAAUAAAUAUUUACUUAGCUUAACAAAACGAUAGAAAUAUCUUUUUUUUCCAAUGUGUUCUAUAGAUUUCCGUUGCCAUCGAUUCGAACCCGAAAAAAAAACUGAGAUAGGAAAAUAAACGGCGUGAAAAGCGGGUCAGAUUACCGACGGUUUUUCUCGUUUUGGUUUGUAACAAACUGCAAAAAAAGAGUAGUUGUUUGGUCGGCAGUCAUGUUCUUCGCCUCCCUUUUCAGCAGGAAGAAGAAGGUUCUUGUUUUCUGAUUUUAAAUCUUAAAAAUCGAAUGUUUCGGUUUAUAAAAUAGCUAUUUUAUCAAAAAAUGAUUUUAAAAAUUGAGAUUUCCCACAAGAAAAAAACAAUGAACUUCAUUAGAAAAAAAGGUGAUCUCAUUAAUUUGAAAAAUUAAAAAAAUUAUUUUUCCCGAUAAAGAAAUUCUUUACGUUGAAUAGCAGAAAUCGCUACUUAAAUUUAAAAUCCAGGCCUUGAAAUAUCAGUUUAAAGCGAUAAAACAAAGUUGAUUCUACUAAUUUUAGCUUCUAAAAAUGAUUUUCAAUGUUAAAAUGAAUUCUAAAUUCCAAAUUUAGGAGCCAAAAUCGCCACGUGGCAGCCACAAGUCAGAAGCUAGCGACGAUCGGACUUCAAUCAAAGCGACGACAAAACGAAGGUUCUUAGAAAAUUCAAAACGCACUCAAUAAAGAAUGUUUUUUCCAGAUCUUCUAUACCCGCCUCAACUUCACGACUACCGCCAUCAGAUAUCGAUCUCAAUCAGGUACUUUUGAGCUUGACUCAAUUUUUUUUACCUGAAAAGCUUUCUAGUUUUUCCGUUGAGUUAAAAAUGAAAUUUGUCGAAUUUUAAGUGGGAUUUCCCACUCAUCCAUUCGCAUGAUUGACUUCACAAGAAGAAAGUUUUCUAAUUUUACAAAAUUAACAACAAAGAAUGAAAUUCAAAGACGAGAAUCAAGUCUUCAAAAUCGAAUUUGGAACUCUUUCUGAACGGGUUCGUGAAGAGGAAAAUUAUGAUAAUUUCUCCUUUAAUCGUGAAAUGUAGAAUAUUCGAACGUAGACUCUAUAAAAUAUCAUAUUCACCCACUUGAUUGAGGUAUUUGCCUGCACCUCGACCAAAUCAACGAAAGAGGAGCGUUGCGAGUGCAACGCCUGCAAAAUCACUCGACUCAGCGACGCCGAACGAGAGAAAUGGAGAGCACAACGAAAAUCUUCAGAAGGUCAAAAUGGCGCCGUCAACUAUGCGGUUGGUUUUGAGCUUUUGGAAUAGUUUCACGUAGUUCUUUAAAAAAAUAUCAAUGUACCUUAUAAGUUUUGUGCAUAGGUAGAGCAAUCGGUGCUACGACAAGGACGAGUUUUCUAUUUCGGAAAAGUACUGUAGGUAAAAGUCCGCAUUCUGAGUUGUUCACGUUGUGUGCUUGCACUAUUGUUGCGUGAUGUUAUGUUGUGAUUUUGAAUUUCAUGGUACAUUUCGAGGCUCAAGCAGAAAAUAUGAAUCCAUUUUAGAACUUUAUCAAAUUAAAAAUUUAAAAAUUUGAGAUGAAGAUCAUGAAUGAAAAUGAAGACUUGUAUGGACUUCAGUCAGCUUUUUCUCUAUUUAAAAUUUUUCUGAAGCUCCAUCCAAUUUAUAAAAAUUCAGGAAUCCUCCAAAACCCUGCCAUCUCGUUAUCGCACCUCUUCCGCUCACAUUCGCCUCGACGACGUCUUCAACAAAAAUAAAAAGACGUCAAGCUCAAGUCCACCGCCCACAGACCAUCUCGACUUGGAAGAAGUCUUCCGGACCAAAGAGGACACCUCCGAGACGCCGGUACCAGCACCAAGGCCCAGGAGGAAGCAGUCGCUGUCGCAGCUUCAGGCCGAGACGACGUCCGCCGUCUCCUCUGGAUCGGAGGAGCAGAAGACGUUAGCUCCCGAGAUCGACCCUACAGAGGUGACGGCUACAAGUCGGUCGGAUCGCACUAACCAAACAUCUGUCGCUUCCCAUACUUUGCAUGCCAAUGAGUUGACUAAUGGGGGAGAUUCUUUAGUUGAAAAUAAGCCGGAGCCAACGCGAAGGACGUCAGUGACAAGGAGAAUCAGCAUCGACGAUACACCAAGGAGAAGGUCUUCCGCGACUUCAGAUAAAACCAAGCCUUCUAAGAAGUCUAGUGUGGUUCUGCCGCCUUCGGACGUUAGCCUCGACGACAUCUUCUCAGCACUUGCUCCUCAAGAAAAAAGACGUUCAACUGCGACAAUAGUUCUUGAAGAAGAAGUUCCUUCAACAUCAAAGUCAGAGAAGAAUAACAAGAAUGAAAAGAAACCAAGAUCUAGCUCUGGUUCUUCAUUAGAUGUCGAAAAGAAGAAAGCUCCGUUGAGAUCGAAGCAAGACAAGCAAAAAGAGAGCAGAAACUCGAGUUCAAGCUCAAGCUCGAGUUCCUGCAGCUCUUCAGCAGAUGAAGGCGCGAAGAAAAAGUCCAAAAAAGCCUUAAAAGAGUUGGCGCAAUCAACAUCACAGAUUGAUCAAACGAAAAAGCAGAAAAAGUCAAAGUCAAGGUCUAGUUCGAGUUCAUCCAGUUCCAGCUCAUCAGAAGACGUCGAAAAGAAUAAGAAGUCGAUAAAAAACCUGGAUUUGGAGGCGCCGUCAACAUCAAAGCUCAAUGAGCCGACAAAGGAAAAACUUAAGACGAGGUCCAGCUCAAGCACAAGUUCGUCUAGUUCCAGUUCCUCUUCAGACGCUGAUGAAAAGAAAAAGUCUCGAAAGUUCCUACCAGAAGAGGUGCCAUCAAAAUCGAAGUCAGAAAAGUCCAAAAAGAAGAAAUCAAGGUCAAGCUCAAGCUCAAGUUCCUCCAGCUCCAGCUCCUCAUCAGCUGCUGAUAAUAAAAAGAAGUCGGCAAAAGUCCUUAGAAUAGAGGCGCCGUCAACCUCAAAAUCAGUCAAAACGAAGAAGGAGAAGUCGAGGUCCAGCACCAGCUCAGCAGCAUUUACCGAGAAAAAGAAGUCCGAAAAAGACGAGCCAAAAACCUACAUUGUCACCAGAUCCCAAAGAAUUCAAGAUGUCGAGCCCACCAAAUUCGUCGAGGACCCAACCAGACCCCCGCGACGUCUCAAAGAAGAACUUGAGCCUUCCGCUGCAAGUCAGGAGGCUUCCAAGAUUUCAGAAGACGUAGCUUCGGAAGUGAAACGUUUCGAGAAACGAAUCGAAGAGUACGAGCACAACAUCAAGGAAGUUGAAGCGCAGGCAAAGCAAAAUCAAGAGGAAAACGAUAAAGGGUACAAAGUUCCUGAAGACGCCGUCGUGCCUCCUGUCAAAAUUGAUAUGAGCUCAGUUUUCCGGAAAGCGUCCAAUGACAGCCGACAAUCAACCGAUUCGCAAAGGAGAUUCAGAAGAGAGCAGAAAGUCAUCAAAGAAAACUCUCUGGAGCUGAAGAAGAGUCUUGAACAACGAGAUGCGCUGGCGGAGAGGCGGAAACAUGAAAGGAAAGAUGAUACGAAAAGUCUUGAAGACGUGAAACUUCCCGCUGCUGAUAUCAGCAUGGCCUCAGUUUUUGGCAAAUCUCCAAGACAAGAGAGUUCAACGAGCAGCAGUGAAGACAAAAGAUCCGGAGAAGUUGAGCAACGUUCGGACGAAAAGCCUGUUUAUAAGGAGUCGAAGAAGAUCAGAAGCGAAACUGAUAAAGAAGAUUUAGGGAGCCCAGAAGACGUAAAACUUCUUGCUGCUGAUGUCAGCCUGGAUUCGGUUUUCGACAAGUCUUCAGAACAAGAAAGAUCGAAAACUAAAAUUAAAGAGAGAAGGGUCGUGGAAGUCCAGCAACAACAGGACGACAAGAGAAAAUCUUCUAAUAGGGCCCAAGAGCUGGUGAAAGCUACAGAACGUCGCCAGGAGAGCAAAGUGAAAACAAAUAUCAUUGAAGACGAAAAACUCCCUGCUUCUGACAUUAGUCUAGACUCAAUCUUCGGUACAUCUCCGAGUAAAGAACCAUCACAGAAUAAGACGAAAGAAAAGGACUUCUCAAGAGUUAGCAGCGUAGAAAACUCUCCCACUAAUGAUCGAGAGCAUCAGAACAAAGAACGCCCAACGAAAAAUGCUAGAGAAAGGUCUCCAGUUCGCAUUCAGGAAGACAAUGUUGAAAAUGACGUCAAGGACCUUGAAGACGUGAAACUGCCUCCGGCCGCCAUCAGUUUAGACUCGAUCUUCAAUGAGUCAUCUGUCGAAAAAUUCCCAAGCGAAAAGUCGAGAAAGAAAAGUUCUUCGAGUAGUAGUAGCGAGAGCAGUUCUCAAAACGAGCAAGAUCGUCAGGACGACAGACGGAGGCCUUCAGAGAGUGAAGAUAGAGAAACGCCUUCUAUACGUUUUCAGAAAAAUGAAGCUGAAGAAGACAUCAAGAACCUUGAAGAUGUCAAACUACCGCCUGCUGAUAUCAGCUUAGACUCGAUUUUCAGUUCGUCUUCUGAAACUAAAAAACCGCAGAAAGAUGAACAGCCAAGUCACACAGAUCAAAGUAGAUCCAAAACACUUCAAGAAGGCUCAAAAAUAACUCUUAACAAGACAACCACAGAAAACGCUGGAGAUAGGUCUUCAUUAUCCAUUCAAAAAGAAGACGUCAAGCUUCCCACUGGUGACAUCGAUCUGAACGAAAUUUUCAGCACGUCUUCAAAAGGAGAGCCGCGGCAAGGAGACCAGCCAAAUACAUUUAAUAAUGAAGUGAACCCUUCUGAAAAGCAGCAACAUCAGAAAAACAGAGAAAGAUCGUCCAGCAAAGAAGCAGUGAAAGUCGAAGCUCAAGACCGUCGUCAGGAGGUAGAAAAAGACACAGAGGUCCUCGAAGACGUAAAACUUCCUCCAGCCGACAUCAGCCUAGAUUCAAUUUUCGGCUCGUCUCCAAACGAAGAGAAACCAUUGGAGAAGUCAAGAAAAAAAAGCUCCUCAGGUAGUAGAAGUGGCGAAACCAGUUCCAACGAUGAAAAAGACCGUCCGAAGAAAGCACAAAGAAGUUUUGACGCUGAAAGAAAAUCUCCCGUUCGUCAUCAGAGAGAAGAAGAAGAAGAUAAUACUGAAAACCUUGAGGACGUCAAGUUACCUCCUGCUGAUGUCAGUUUAGACUCAAUUUUCGGGAAUUCUGAAAAGAAAGAAAAAGUAAGCGAAGAGAGCAUAUCUGAAGUGCCUCACCGUCCCAGAAAGAUGGAAGCUAGAGAAAGAUCUCCGGAGCGACCUCAAGAAGACAAAGAUAAAGAGGACGUCAAAUUUCCUGAAGACGUCAAGCUUUCUAAUGCCGAUAUCGACAUUGAAUCCAUCUUUGGCACUUCUUCGGGAACUACAGCAAGCCGCCAGGAUGAAAAAGUGAAGGAAAAAUUACAGGAAAAAUUGGAAGACAAAAGCGAUUCUGAACAACAUCGUCGUCAGGACAGCCAGGAAAUUUCUACUCAUAAGGAAGAAGUUCGAGUAAAUUCGACGAAGCAGCAGAAGGAUGAGGUCAAAGAAGACGUCAAGCUUGCUGCUACCGACAUCGACAUGGACUCAAUUUUCAGCACGUCUGCAGACAAAGAACCAAGUGCCGAUGAAGGAAAGAGUUCAGAAAGAAGGAGAGUUGAAUCGCUCAGCAAGAAAGAUGCAACUGAAGCUGUAGAAACUCAUCAAAAACCAAGAAAACCGCAAAGGAAAGCCUCAACAGACAGCAGCAAGUUUGAAAAGUUGGAACCUUCUGAAAUCGAUCUCGAGUUGGUCUUCCAACCGUUGAAAAAUGCUGAAAAAGAGCAUAAUGCAGAAUCACAAAACUUUGAACAUCGACAAGAAGUGUCAAUAAGGGAGAAAAUGGAAAAAAGCUUGAGGGAACCGAAAAACGAGAAGCUGAAAAAUAAAGACAACAAGAGAGCAUCUUCAAGUUCGGACUCUUCUUCUAGCAGUUCCGAUGAAGAGAAGAAAAAGGCAGAUGUUAGAAAGAAGAAGAAAAAUCAAAAUGGCUUCGUGAACGACGUCUUUUGUGGAGAAGAUCGAUCAGAAGCAAAUCUGAAAGAUGAGAAACAAGAAAAGAGGAAGAAGAGCCACAAGAAGUCAUCUUCAAGUUCAAGUUCUUCUUCCAGCAGCAGCUCUGAUGAAGAAAAAAAGUCAAGCGUCAAGAAGAAGGAGAAAAAUCUGAGCCCCUCCAAGAUCAACCUUGACGAUGUAUUCGCUGGAGAAGGCCGAUCAGAACCAAGUCGGAAAGAGCCGAAAAAAGUUAAAUCGAAAAAAGACUCCAGUAGGUCUUCUUCCAGUUCAAGCCGCUCUUCUAACAGUUCUGAUGAGAAGAAAAAAAGCUCAAAGCUGAAGAAUAAAAACAAGAAACAAGAGAAAAUCGAUAUCGACGACGUCUUGGCCGGCCAAGAAAAGUCUGAAGAAAAUAGGAAGAAACCGAAGAAAGAGAAGCUGAAAAAGAGAGAUCACAAAAAAUCAUCUUCAAGCAGUUCUGAUGAAGACACGAAAAGUGAGAAAAUGAAUACCGACCUCAACCUUGACGACGUCUUUUCCGAACAGAAAGUACCAGAUGGACGACCAGAACUCCGAAAAAAUUCUGAAACUGCAAAGCAGCCAAGAUCCAUAGUUGACGACUCCACUCAAGAAAUGACUCUUGACGACUUUUUCUACGACUCUGUCAACCGCCGGACGAGUAUGAUCAUCAAAUCUGAAGUCGACGAGAUCAAACAAUCGCAGAAACAAUUUGAGAAAAAUCUGCAUGAGCGCAAAAAUAUUGAAGCCGUUCUCCAAGCCAAAGAAGGUGAUGCUCCAGAGUCUUCCGAAGACGUCGACUUGCCACCAUCGAAAUUUGAUGUCGAGGAAGUCUUCAACACUGCUCCAAGGAAAGAAGAGAAGAAAGAAAAUGACGAAAUAAGCCAAGAGGUCGAUUUGAUCAACCAACGAGCUUCAGAGUUCAAGCACAACCUGAGUGAGAGAAAGCUCGUCAAGGAGCAUAACAAGGUGGUCGAAGAAGAAAAAAAGGAAGAAUCUGUUGUGGAUAUAGACCUACCGGCGUCAGAUUUGAAACUAGAAGAUAUUCUGAGAUCUGAAGUUGUCAAGGACGAUUCCGGAGACGAGAUCAAAAAGGAGAUUCAGAUUAUCAAGCAGGCGUCUGAGAGCUUCAAAGAGAGCUUGCAUGAGCGGGAGCAGUUGGUGGCAAGAAAGGCGGCUGAAAAAGAGGAAGUGGCAAAGUCUGACCUGAAACCUUCAAAAAUCGACGUUGAGGAAGUCUUCGAAGAACUAAAAGAAGCCAAGUCUGGGCAUUGGAAGAGCCACUUCCCAAAACAAUCUGAAGAAGAGCCGAAAGAUCAACAAGAACAAAAAGAAGAACUUCCACCCUCAGAAAUCAGCCUGGACGACAUCUUCUCGAAAAAAGAAACUGCAGCGGGCGUUAUUCCAACGGAGACGCCUCCCAAUUCAGAUUCCGAAAUUGAGAACCGAUCUCCCGAUGAGUCUUUCGAGGAUCACACCAAGUCCGAUAAAGUCACUGUCAAUGUCAAUUUGGACGAAGUUUUCGGGUCUCCUCCAGCGACCGUACUGUCAAACUCAUCUACACCGGAGACACGCUUCAAGAAUCAUCAGAAGGCGAAUUCGGAAGUAGUCAGCGCAGAACCGUCAGAAGAUUGGCUGAAAGGUUUGGGAGCUGAAGCUAAGUCUGAACCAAGCUCUAAGUUUGGCGCCGAGUUCCAGCCUAACUCCACCUCAAAAAAUGAAUCUGAAUCCAUGCCCAACUCUGAUUCAAUCUUUGAAGAAGAGUCAGUGUCACAGUUGGAUUCGAACAUCAAAAGGGAGGACAGGCCUACCUCCACACCAAAUCUUGGAGACGACUCCAAACCAAACUCCACUCCGAACCUCGGUCAUCCGUCUCCUAGCAUCGCAUCAUCCCAAGUUAGGUACGAAUGGGUAGCUGAACUUGUCGGAUCCGCCAAAGAAGACGUCAAAGAAGAUUCUGAACAAGUCCAAAUCGAAGAACUCGACGAAAUCGAGUCGGUCCCCGUCCACUCCAAGAAAGACGACUCCACCUGGGUAUCAAGCAUCGUUUACCGACCUUCGCCCCCAGAAAAUCGACGGAACUUCGCAAUCUCGAAAUCGGCAAGGACAUCGAGAAUUGAGGAUUCUGAAGAGCCAACAAGCAGCGAUGUAUCUUGGGUUAAGCAAAGGAUUGAGGAGAUCUCCGAGUAUAAGCAAGAAGACGUCGAAUUGUCAUAUCCAUCGACGUCCAGGGCUUCUGAAGAGACGAAAGAAGACGAUCGGCUGCUCGACGACAUAAUCAUUAGAAUAGGUGCCAGAAAGCUGUCAGGAGAUGAGCUGGAACAGCUUCGACGAGACUGGAAGCAGAGACGAGAAGCGUUCCGUCGAAGACAAGUUUGUUGAAUUUUUACAAUCUUAGAUUUCAAUCAUCAAAACUUGGAACCUCCUAGUCGCAUUUAGAAUGGCGCAAAACGUUGCGGUCGCGCUGCGGUUAAAAAAUAAAAUUUUUCAAGGCGUUUUAUGAUGAAGGCAUUCCCCGUGCGACCAACGUGUUUCAAGUUUUUGGUUCAAAAAAAUUUAUUAUAUUUUUUUAAAUCUUAUUUUGGUUAUUUUUUUCAAUUGAAAAUGCAUAUUUGGGGAGACUAAUAACUUUAAUUUUUCUUUGUCGAAAAACAAACAGAAAAAAAAGUUAAUGAGACCUUUGCAAGAUGCAUGAUAUGCAAAAAAAAAUUCCAAAAAAGCUUCGAGUGGCCACUUGAGAGAAAUUUUCAAAUGAGCCGAGUUUUCAUUCAAAUUCACGCCAGUCAGAAAAAAAGACUUGCUUCAUGAAAAAUAUUCUUGAAUUGGGGCUCGCUGGGUCAGCUGUAAAUACACUAAGUGAACACUUGAAGUUAUUUUUUCGAGUUGUCAUUCUUUUGCGAGACCGCUUCAAAAUCAGUCAGCCUGGCCAAUGAAAAAGGGGAUAUCUUUCAAUAAGUUCAGACUAACUAACUUUGAGUUCUAAACAUUUUCUAUGAUCAUUUGGUUCUCCAACAAGCUUUUUUCGAAUUCUAGGUCGAGAAAAAACGAGUCUCAACUUCUGGAGACAUUCCUCUAGACCAGGUCUUCAAGCCAUCCGAAGCGAAUCUCGACGUCGACGUCGCCACGACUUCAAGCGCCAGCGUCGCCGCCAACCGCCCAGCUCCGACAGAAACCGUCACAUCAUCCCCACUUCACGUGACGACUUCUGAACUCGAAGAAGACCUGCCGAGGACGCCGAAGACGUCGCCAACCGGCAGGAGAUCUGAACAAGUGACAAAGACACACACUUGGAAAAGCAUGUCCUCCCCGAGAACCUCUCAAGAAGCUGAAAAAAUGGCGCCGAGUGAAAUUUCCCUCGAUGAGAUUUUCACUCCACCUCGGUCAUUGACGUCGGAUCAUGGGGCGACAAUCUCGAGAAAGUUGGCCAAGAUUUACGAAAAGCAACGAGAGCAACAAGGCGAGCCGGGCAGGAGGCCCAGUAAUCCUACUGGCUCUUUGAACAUGAAAAAGCGGCAUUCGACGACGCCUGAAGUCAAGAUCGACCUCGAGGACGUCUUCAGAACCAGGAAAGAAGAGACCAAGGUUAGUUAUGAGCUUCUAUGAACAAUUAGCCUGGGAUAAACGCGAAAAAUCAAGCUCACGACUUCAAAAUAAAACUUGAUUCAUGACAAUUCAAGGAGAAUAUUCGCUCCAACGAACAUUCUGUAUGAUAUUUUCGGCUAGGUUUUUUUUUUGCAAACUUCAAGCAAGAACAACCAGUCGAAGGCGUUUUACCUUAUAGCGAUUUAAAAAAACUUGUAAAUCUGAUAAUUAAUACACUAUUUUUUUCGUAAUAUCUCAACAUUCCAAGGAAACUUAUCGACUUUCAGGUAUCCCAAGAAGGAGAAAAGAGCAAAGAACACGACCUUCACGAGAAGAGGUAGGUUCUGUUUGUUUUCUGAUAGCUUAUCAUUAUCAAGUAGAUACUCCUGACACACCCUUACAAGGAAGGUAAUUUCUCCUUGUGGUUCGGAAUUUCCUCGCGACAUUACUCCUUCUUAUACCAGUUGGAAAUCCUAUGCCUCUCAAGAAAUCAAAAAUCACUCAAGAGAAAAAAGUCAAUACAACUCAUUUGUAACGGUUUUUUCAAACUUUGAACUCUAUUGCGGGAAUUUUUCGCGGAGUUGUGCGUUUCAGAAUCUUCAACUGAUACAUCAAAGAGUAUCCUAGCCAAUUUUCAAAAUCUUAAAUAACCUUUCUUAUUGGAAUUUUUUGUGAUCGAUUACUUUAAAAAUUUUCUGUACAUUGUUUCCUUCAAUAUUAUUGAGCAAAUUGACCUUUCCAUUUUUCUAGAACUAUUUUAAACGUCUUCAGCUCCUUCGACGACUACUACCUCUCCACGGUAGACGACUUUUUCAACGAGAAAAUCAACUACAAGGAAAACGACACCCAGACGCGGAAAGUCUCUGAAUUUGUCGACGACCUCUUCGGCAAAUCGUUCGACGAAGCGACCAACGUCUUCAGAAGCAAAAAGAACCAGAAAAAGUCCUACGAUUCGCGGACAGACACCUCGAUUGACCGGAAAACCACACCAUCUGCAGACUCUGAAGAUAUAAUGAGGCUCAUUUUUUCAAAGCCGGCUGAUCCUCCAAAGGAUUCUGAAACUGAGACCCGGAAUGAGUACCACCGGACAAAAGUCGUCGACAUUCGUGAUGCAACUUCUACUUCUUCUACUUCGAACUCUUCUAAACCGGCUAACCGACCGCAGGAUGAGGAGGUAAGAUUUUCACCAAAGUUUCAAGGAUCAGACAAAUUUUGAAUAGGUAAUUGAGUUUAGAGACUGAGAACAUUAUUUAAUUUUAUUUACUUCAAAAAGUCCAUUUAUUAUAACUUCCUGGAAACGAUAAGAGGAGGUCCAAAUAAACUAUUUCUCAGGCCGAUUCAUUGAUCAAUAAUUCCAAUCUCCUUUCAAAAUAAAAUCGAUGUUUUUUCAUACCAACUUUUUUUUUGGUCUUGAAAAUCAUCCUGGGUGUAUUUUGAAACACCUUGGUCGCGUUUGGAAUGUCUCAACUUGCGUUGCGGUUUAAAGCUGGCCGCAAUAAAUUUGAGAAUUUGCUUAGGGACCGCAAGCCAUUUCUUCAGAACGAUUCAAAAAAUAUGUUUUUCACAUUGUUCGAUAGAGGAGACUGUCCAUUUUCAUAUUCCGUUUAGUUUUUGAAAAAAGCUUCACUAAGAAAAAAGUUAUGGCCAAAAAACGAGCGCGCGCGGCGUACAACUGGAGGCAAAAUCUCACGGUUUACCCGCUGCCGCACGCUUUCUUUUUAAAUGUUUUUGCGCGUUUCUGGACCGUUUUUAAAUCGGUUUUCUGUUUUUGAGAGGUUGUCCGAACUGAGCCUCAUGUUUUGGUAUGAAACUUUUUGUACAAUCCUCAUUAGAAUUUUUUUGAUAAAAAUAUCAAAAAAACUACCUAGAAAAAAAGGUCAAAGGGAUUUUUUUCAGCUUAUUUUUUUCUUUUUUUCUACUCAGAAAAAAAUUAUUAUCAUUUAAUUUGAAAAAAAGAAAAAAAUGAAAAAAAUAAUGUUAUUUCGAAAUAAAAACAGGAAAAAAGUGCAAUUUGACUCCGAAAAAAACGGCUCCUGCGACAUUUAAAAGGGGCGCAUCGGUGUGUUUGAUGCAAACACUGCUACGGACGCUUGCACGAAAUCUUCCGAAAUUUCAAAAAAAUUGCCAUUUUUUUCGAGGUUUUUCAAAGCCGUUAUUUUUUUCGCGUCGAUCGACUUUUUUUCAUAAUUUUUUUCAUUGAUAGAAUUUUUGAACGCUUAAUAACAUAAUCAAAAAAAUAUAGACGCGAUCCUAUUCUCUCAUGCGUCAACGAGGCAGGCGAAAAAAAGGAGGUUUUUGGUAAAAUUCAAAAAAAUAAUUUGAUUCGCUGUCCCAAUAAUUAUUUUUCAUUUUGAAUUUUUUUAUUUUUUUGGACACACUGUUAGUUUUUAAAUCAAAUAAAAAAAGUAUACCAUGUCGCUGAAAUUUUUUUCGCAUUUCAGCUUCAAAGUUUGGUGUCACUUUACAAGCUUCAAUAUUUUUUUCGCGUCGGUAGAUUUUUUUAUUUUCACUCAAAAAAAUAAAGAAAGUGUUAAUGUAUAACAUACUUAAAAAUUUAGAAGCGUUCCUCACUUGCUUUUUCUGAAACGCGACGAUUUUGUGAAACUUGUCAGUUUUUGUCGUGUUAAAUCUUACUUUUUUUCGCUUAUUUUUUUGAAAAAAAUACAUAGUUUUAAAAAAAUAUUCAGUCUUGUAGAGCGUUGUCGAUUACAUAGCUUAACAGAAACAGUUCAUUUUUAAAGUGGGACUUUAGCUAGUAUAAACGCCUCAAAACCGUUUUUGCAACAAAAAAAUCGUCAUUUUGGUGGCGUGAAGGGGCGGGGCUUUGCGCCCCCUAAAUUUGCUCUAAUCAUACCUUCACGCGUAAGUUACAUCUUAAAGCAACCGCUUCUCCGCCGCUACCUGUUGAGCCAUUUCACAUGCGACCAACAAAACUUCUAAUUCUGCCUAGUAUAUCAAAAAGUCAUCUUUGUUUUUUAGAUUCUCGAGAUCGAAGUGCAAAACGACUACUUCUACAUCCGAGGCUCCUACGCUCUUUUGAUUCCAAAAAGCGACCCACUGGGCCAGCUUCUUCAGAAGCUGCAUGACGAGUCCGACUCCUUGGCCUCGUUAGACUUCACCCUUGCUCCAAAGCUCAAGAAGUUGCUUCUGAGUUGUCUGCAGGAAAAAGCGCUACACCGAAAGUCCACAGGUACUUUUACUACAGUAAUCCGCACGAUUUAAAAUAGGUAAAGUUAAAAUUAUUCUUUCAGAAGACUUUUGACUCUAUUCGGCUUAUAUGCUCUUUUUACCAUCCAGAAACCUAGCUUGAAUCUAUUCCCUCUCAAUUUUCUUGAAAAAAAAAAACUGACUUAAAAUUUCCAGACGAUCCGAUCUCCUGGAGGGGCAGAAAUCUGACGGCUUCUGUCGACCACGCUUCGGCGACCUUCUUGGAGAUGAACGCCAACAAGUACCAUCCAACUGAAAAUCCUCAGGUAUAAUUUCAGAAUUUCUGUUAUCGAAAAAAGUGUUCAGGGCAUUGUCAACUUCUGUACGGCUGUCAACAACAUUUGCGCUCCAUUGCUAACAGAACGGUUCAAAAAUCGGGAUCUUUAUGUUCCAGAACCAGAACACCUUCUGAAUUAUCCACCGAUGGGCGGUUAUUCGAGGUUAUUUUUUUGGAAAAUAAAAAAAAACUUGAGAAAAAGCUGACGCGAGAGAUCAGAGGCAGCUAGACGAGAUUAUAGAUAAAUAUAAAAUUCAUUUUUUUUCUCUGACAUCUCUUCGGCCCACCGUUGAUCUCUCACUUCUUGGAGGCUCUAACAGUUCUUCAAGAUCAGCUCCGUCGAGCCAAAAUUAACACUAAAAAAAGUAUAGAUAAUAUUUAAAUUGAAAUAUGAGUUCUUUCAGCACAAAAGAAGCGUUAUCGAAGUAUUUCGCUGAACAUUUUGGCGCCGAUGUUCCAAGUUCUGAAUUGGUCCUCACACCGGCGACCAAAACGGGUUACGACGUGCUGAGCUAUAGUCUUUUCGAGGCUGGAGGUUAGUUGGAUGAUAGUUAACAUGGAAAAAGUAGCAGCAAAGCUCAGAAACAGAUUGCGAUUAUUCAAAAUCUCAAUAAGAAAAAAAAAAUCAAGAACUAACUUUAAAAGAAAAAAAUUAUCCGUGGAGCGCAAGAUUUUUUUCGAGAGCAGCUUUCAUUUGAAAUUUUGAAGAGAGCUUCUUGAUGUUAAGUUUUUGUACAUGAUAGCCAUUUCCAAUUUUUCGGCAUGAAAAUUAAAGUUUAUUGAGAAAUUCUUUCGGUUUGAAACGCUUGCAUUUGAUGUUAAAUUUCAAACUUUAACUUUUAUUUUCAGACAUAAUCCUAACCAACGGGCCAGCCUACGCCGGUACCAUAUCCAAUUGUGAAGAACGCGCUCAAUGUCACGUUGAAGUUGUCGAGGUGAAAAAAUUACAUUUUAAAAUGUCAAUUCAUUUCUCUUUUUUUAACAUUUUUCAUUUUCAAAUUCGAUCCAAAAAGUUCAAAAGGGUCAUCCAAAAGCUUUAAAAAGUGUGAAAACUCUGUUUUUCUAAUUAUUAACUGACAAAUUCCACUAUAAGAUUCAUCUACAGUACCGCUCAAAAAGUCUAUUAAGUUUUGGUUUUUUUGGGGAUAAAUUUUUUUGAAGUGCGAUAUCGAUUCAAAUUUUUCAUAGUUUUUCUGAGAGAGACAUACGUGUUCUGGCAAAAUUUCAAGUUGCUAGCUCAAAGAAUAA